CGGAGACCACCCGCCAAACGCCUCUAUCCUCAAACGCGCGCCAUGGCGACGACCAGGCUUUCCCCGGCGGCGAGCUUGCUGCGAAAUUCUCGCUUGUUUGCACUUCCGCAGGCAUUGACUAUACCUCAAGAUGUGCACGCUAGUCAUGAGUCCAACACCGCAACCGCUCACCAUCCUACCCGAGCGGCCAUUAUCACUCCAGCGUCUUCUCUGGCGAGGGGUGACUGGGGUCUGAAAAGGCCAUUACCCGCAAAGUCAACGUCUGCCAAAUCGCAACGGCCUAUCGUUCGGAUAAAGGCCCUUGAUACCUUCGAGCAUACCACGGAUUUCGAAUCCGCGUCGGAUCAUACGGUAACCUUGGAAAAGUUCCAAGACCUCCAUCUUCCCAUGUCACUUCCGGCAAAGAUCAAUUAUUCGAACAACAAUAAGGUUAAACACGUGAGUCCUUUUGAAACUCGCCUGGACAACACCGAGAGAAGUGCAGGCCUCGACGACCCCGCCGCCAAAAAGUUCCGGCAUUCUGGGCCAUACCUUGCCGAUCAGACGGAGGCCGAGUUCCAGGCUUAUCUAAAAACUGUGCGCAAGAGCAAGCCGGAGAUUAUGCAAAAGCUUCGUGAGCAUUUUGUUGCGCAGCGAACUGCCGACCGAAGGAAGGAGGCACAGGACAGCGGCAAUCACUUCGAGGACCUCGACAAGCCCAUCCGUUACACCGAAGCAGAGUUCAAGGACUACGUCAAGUCACUGCGUGCGAGUCCCAAGUCUUUAGGCCCAGUGGUCUUCGAAAUCCUAGACAUCCCACCACCUCCGGCGGUACCUAGCGACAUGAUGAAGUCUCAGUACUACCACUCUCCUGCCCUCAGACUGUCUUCUGAGGAAUAUGCUACGGCCGGACCACCGAAAACGCAUCCUUCCGCGGGAUUGACUUACACCAGGACGCAGGCCUUGCUCUACAAUCAUCCAAAGUUCGGACCUCAGACAUACCAACGUCCUGUCCAGGCACGUGUCUUGCGCCCGAAGGGCCAUUUCAAGGGCAGGAAAGGGAAAGCAUAUGCUAGUAUUGGUGGUAUUGUGGUGGAUGACAUCAAUGCCAUGGCUUUCGAGGAGUCGAGUCAUGGUAUCUCACAAUUUGACGCGACCAUCCCUGGUGGUGCGAAAUAUUGGGCCAACCCUAUCCGGGCCUCGGUCAAUAUUGAGGGUCGCAUCGACUUGACAUCUGAGCGCGCUACUCCUAACUCAAGGGCUCCUUACGGCGUUCAAGAGUACCAGAAGCCGAACCGAUUUCGUCUGUCCCCUGUCGUCGGACAAAGCGGCCAGCAGCACGUUGUGCCGAGGUUGGAUAGAGCGCGUCCCCAAUUUGGCACGAGCUCGAAAUCGCGCGACCUGGGCACACCGGAGGGAAACACGGAAACUAUCGCCCAGGAACUCAUGAAGAAGAUCUCGUCGUGAAUAAGACUUCUUCCGGAUAGUGAUAUUACAUCUUCUGUUUUGAUGGGCCAGUUUGUUUUCGCAGUCAGGAAGGCUUCAUGGUCUGUAUGAUUAGAUUGUUGGUUGGUGAAGGUCGAGCUACUCCUUUUUUCGUUUUUGUCUUUCCCUGUAAUAUAACCCGCUCGCAAUCUAUACAAAGCAGUGGUACGUACUUACAAUCCAGGU